CUGUAAUUUUGAGUCCUUUCUUUUGUUUUUUUUAUAACACGCUUUUCGAACGAGAAAGUCACCGCCGCGAUUGGAGAACCCGCCUUGUGAAUGCUUUAAAAGCGUCACCUCGGCACGCAGCACCUCGCUUUAACAGCGUCGAUAUAAACCAGGGUUAGACUGCGAUGUUUGUGUGACAGGCGAUCAGCCGCUGGCUCCCCGAGAGGAGAGCGAGUGUGUGUCUGUGGUAUUCCUUGUAUGGAAACUCGAGGGGGAGCGAAGGGGAUUGAUGAGACUGGUUUCACAGGGCAAUUGGAGGAGGGGACUGAGUACCCAGGACAGUGGCGAUCACCAGCAGUUUGCACUGCCCCAGGAUAAAUCCCAACCCAAGAAAAAGAAGAAAAAAACAAAAACAAAACUAAGCUGUUUGGAGAUGGAACCCGGGCUGAUGGCGGCUCUUCAGAUCAGCCGCUAAUGUGAUAGUUUGGGAUUAUUAGAAUUUGUUGCUGUUGUGAACCUAUUCUUGGAAUCUCUUCUUCCUGACAUUAACUUGGGACAAAUUUAUUUUCAUUUUGCAUUUUUUUUAUUUUCCCUCCCACUUUGUUUUAAAAUACAUCCACGGUGGAAGAUGGCUGCUUGCAGGAGCUCACUCUGUUUAAUAGCAGUUAUACAGUUGUGCCUGAUGCUAUCAUGUACAUCGCAAGAAAGCUUUCCUCAAGCUAACGAUAUACGGUCAUGGGCGGAGAAAAUGAAGGAUGACCUGGUGAAGUUGGUGCGUGCUUCGAGUGGAGUGGAUCAGAUGGAACAGAUUUACUUAAAAAACAGACAAUACUACACAGUUGAAUCAAACAAUGCUCGGCGUUUGGUGGAAAGUGCAGCAAGGGAGAUUGAAAAACUUUUAAGUAACAAAGUGGAAGCCCUGCAGAGACUUGCUCGUGCUGCAGAGGAUUCUCAGGUGCAUCAUGUUUGGCAAGAAGAAUUUGGGGAUAAUGAUGUGAUAUACUACAAUGCGAAGGAUGAUCUCAUGGGUGUUUUAAAGCAAGACGAAGGAUUCACGAGGUUCAAGUCUGACAGAAAUGAAAGCCGCCCAAGGAUCAAACCUGAUUUUCAGUUCAACCAAGCUUUCCGACGCCGUGUGGACUUCAACCACACAGCUGUCCACAUCCCCACUGACAUCUACGAGGGCUCAACUAUUGUUCUAAAUGAGCUAAGCUGGACUUCAGCAUUGGAUAGCAUUUUCAAGAAGAACAAAGAUAAAGACCCCACAUUAAUGUGGCAGGUGUUUGGAAGUGCAACUGGCCUGGCUAGAUAUUAUCCAGCAUCGCCAUGGGUUGAUCUAACAAAGACUGCCAAUAGGAUCGACUUGUAUGAUGUUCGGAGAAGACCAUGGUACAUUCAGGGAGCUGCUUCACCCAAGGACAUGCUCAUUCUUGUAGAUGUGAGCGGAAGUGUUAGUGGGCUAACAUUGAAACUAAUUCGGACAUCAGUCUCUGAGAUGUUGGAAACACUAUCUGAUGAUGACUAUGUGAAUGUGGUUUCUUUCAACAAUCAAGCAAAAUCUGUCAGCUGCUUCAGACACCUUGUGCAAGCUAAUGUUCGGAAUAAGAAGGUUCUCAAAGAUGCAGUUAAUCAAAUACAGGCAAAAGGGAUCACUGACUAUAAAAAAGGGUUUACAUUUGCUUUUGAACAGUUGCUAAAUUUCAAUGUUUCCAGAGCUAAUUGCAACAAGAUCAUCAUGCUAUUUACAGAUGGUGGGGAAGAAAGAGCCCAGGAAAUCUUCACAACGUACAACCAGGACAAAAAAGUGCGAGUGUUCACCUUUUCAGUCGGUCAGCAUAACUAUGAUAAAGGACCAUUACAAUGGAUGGCCUGCACCAAUAAAGGCUACUUUUUUGAAAUUCCUUCCAUUGGAGCAAUACGUAUAAACACACAGGAGUAUUUGGAUGUGCUUGGAAGACCAAUGGUUUUAGCUGGCACAAACGAAAAACAAGUUCAAUGGACCAACGUGUACCUGGAUGCAUUGGAACUCGGUCUUGUUAUCACAGGAACACUGCCCGUCUUCAACUUGACUCAAGAUGCUAGUGGAAACCAGAAUCAAUUGAUUCUUGGAGUGAUGGGCAUUGAUGUGUCUCUUGCGGAUGUGAAGAGACUCACACCACGUUACACUCUUGGGCCUAAUGGAUAUUACUUUGCAAUCGACCCUAAUGGUUACGUAUUGCUUCAUCCAAAUCUCCAGCCUAAGUCAAUUGGUGUAGGGAUCCCAAAGAUUAAUUUAAGGGAAAGGCACCCUAAUGCACAGAAUCCCAAAUCUCAGGAGCCCGUCACUUUGGAUUUUCUAGAUGCUGAAUUGGAGAAUGAAAUGAAAGUGGAGAUUCGGCACAGCAUGAUAGAAGGUCAAAGUGGUGAGAAGACUCUCGACACUCUAAUCAAAUCCUACGAUGAGAGGUAUAUUGACAGAGGGACUCGAACAUAUACCUGGACUCUCGUGAAUAGUACAGAUUACAGUUUGGCACUGGUUCUUCCGCCAUACGGUUCCCACUACAUCAAAGCCAAACUGGAUGAGGUUAUCACCCAGGCGCGGCCCAAACGCAAGGACUUAGAAUCAAUACUGCCCGAUAACUUCGACACAACAGGAUAUGUAUUUCUCGCCCCAAGGGAAUACUGUAAUGGGCUCACUCCUUCAAGCAACAACACAUCAUUCCUUGAGAACUUUAUUAACAUUAUCGACCGGCAAACUCCAAAUUCUCCAGAAUGCAAAACUGACCUAAUCAAUAACUUGUUACUUGAUGCUGGAUUUACAAGUGAACUUGUAACAAACUAUUGGGCAAAGCAAAAUCCGGCCGGAGUUCUUGCAAGAUUCGUAGCGACUGAUGGAGGAAUUACAAGGAUUUAUCCCAAAAGUGCUGCAGAAGAAUGGACAGAAAACCCAGAGACAUAUGAAGCAAGUUACUACAAAAGGAGCCUAAACAACAAUAUUUACGUCUUCACUGCACCAUAUAUCAACAAAACAUGGGAUGGAAUACAGAGCAGCGCAGAGUCUGGUAUUAUGGUGAGCAAAGCUGUUGAAAUUAAAAUUGAUGGCAAACUUCUGAAACCUGCAGUUGUUGGAGUAAAGCUUGAUGUAACUGCCUGGAUGGAGAACUUCACCAAAGUAGCAAGUAAGAGCAAGUGUUACGGUGAAAUCUGUGACUGCACAAAGAAUAGCAAGCAUUUUGACUGUGUUAUAUUGGAUGAUGGUGGGUUCCUGCUUAUGUCAAACCAGGAUGAAUAUAUUGGAAAGAUUGGCAAGUUCUUCGGUGAGAUUGAUCCAAGCCUGAUGAGACGCCUUCUGAACACAUCGCUGUAUGCCUUUAACAAGUCCUAUGAUUUUCAGUCUGUGUGUGAUCCAGAAACAGAGACAAAAGCAGCAGCUGGGCUUCGCUCAGUCUUUGUUCCCAGCAUAGUCGAUAUUUUGAAUAUAGGUUGGUGGGCAUCAAGUGCAGCAUGGUCCUUACUGCAGCAGCUGUUCCUCAGCCUUACCUUCCCACACUUACUUGAAGCAGUUGAUGCAGAUACUGAAGAUUUUUCUGAACCUUUAUCAAAGUCCAGCUGUAUCACCGAACAGACUCAGUAUUACUUUUAUGACAAUGAAUCAUCCUUCUAUGGGCUUGUGGAUUGUGGUAACUGCUCAAGGCUUUACCAUGCGGAGAAGCUGUCCAAGACAAACCUGGUAUUUAUACUGGUGGAGAGUAAGCCCACAUGUCAGUCAUGUGACUCAAAGCCCCUAAUGCAAGCAGAACAAAAAUCUGAUGGACCUGAUCCCUGUCUUUUGGCUCAGAACCCCAGGCACAGAAAAGGUCCUGAUGUAUGCUUUGAUUCUGACGAGCGUGAUGAGCCUAUAUGCACAACGAGUCGUGCCUCUGCCGUGGCGUCAGCUCGUCUCUUCAUUUUACUGCAAGUUUUGAUGUGGUGCGGAGGGAGGAUGAUUCUGAAUGCGGCAGUGGCUCUCGUCUGAGCCCAUCCUUAUGGUCAAUGAUAGGGAUUCAGCUGGUUCUCCUCUGGCUGCUAAGUAGUGCCAGACAUUAUCCAUCAUGACUGCAGAGAACGGACAGCCAUCUCCGCUUUCUAGACCCACCACACUGUAGCCCUGGAUUAAACUAGGGAAUCUUUGUCCCCAAGCAGUAGAAGACUGACCAUUUCCAUAUCCUGGUGUAUCACUGUGUCAAAGAUUCAUUGUUGACUCUCCAUAUGAAGAAUGGUCAAGGUGCUCCAUUGACAAGUUUUUUUAAAAGAAAAUGUUAAGUCAUACAAUGGUAGCAAAUUGGAUUGUCAAUCCUGAAACGUGCCAGGCAACUAUGGGAAUGCUAAUACAUUUAUACAAAGAAACAAUUCAUAAAAAGAUCUAGAUUUAUUUAUCAUUAGGUUCAUAUUUUGUUUAGCUUACUUUGAUCAAGAUAAAAGGGUAUUCUUUAUUUAUGGCUUACAUUGACUGACUGUAGCUAAUUUUAAAACAACUUACAUGGGCUAGCGACAUACAGGCACAAUCAGCUAUCCUAUUGGUAUAAAGCCAGAAAGCUUAGACAUGACCAUGUUGGGUACCAACCAGUAAUUGCAAUCUUUUUAAGGUUUUGAUACACCAAAGUACACUGAUUAUUCUGUGGCUGUGUAAUUAUAUUAUUGUUAGCUAUUCUGUUACCAAAGGAUGCCUGUAACCCUCUCCUUCUCUCUCAUUAAGCCAUAACUCUAUGCCUGAUGCCCUUCAUGUUUGCUGAAGCAAAUGCAUAAUGAUUGUUGUAUCCCACACAAGGAAUAGUGCUAAGGCUUGUGAAUGAAAAAGCUGUUGUUGUGGCGAUUGAAUUUUGGACACUGAUGCUUUUUUUGCAUGAAGAUUCUGCUACUAUUUUCUCAUUCAAUUUUACUGUAGGAGUGUAGUUAAUGUGCAAGAGCAACUGAGUGAACCAAAUGUUGUUGAUGUGAAAUUUAGAUAAUAUGAUGUAAUAUAACUGUUUCACUUAUAACAACUAAAUGUUGUCAAACAUACCUCUUUCAAAGUGCAGUGAGCAGGCUGAAAAGAUGGGAAUUUUACACAAAGGCAAUUUCAAAAUUUGGAUUUUGUUUUCAACAUUUGGGAUUGAGUCAAGGGCUCUCAUUAAAACUGUACCCCAAUAUAGCUGUGUAAUUUCUGUAAUACAAGAAAAACAAAACUUAUAUGAGGUCGUUGGUUGAAUUACAAGAAAAUUCCCAAAGGCAGCAAAACAAUUUGAAGUAAAGCUGAAAUUUGGUAGACAGUUGAUUCUAUAAGAAACUUCUAUAUUGGGACAAUUGAUUGUCGGGAAUUAAAUUUUACAUCACGGCAAAAUAGGAAUUUUAUAUAUUAAAAAUUGUGAUGUGGUCUAAGGAACCCGAAACAUUAUAUGCCAACAAAAUACAAAAAGUGUGCAUUUUAGUUGAACAGUGUUUUGAGGUCAUACAAUCAACAAUGUUCACUUCAUUUAUAUUUCAGCCUGUCUUAGUGCACAAUGUUUAUUGAUUGUGCAUUAAUCUUUUUGUUUAAUUUUUGAGAAUCAUCCUCUGGUCUUGGUCGUAAAUGGAUGUAACUCUAAAGUAUUUAAAUUGGAGUGCAUGCUUUGUCAACAUUAGCCAUCUGGGGCUAAACAGAGGGACAUUUUCCUCAAAAAAAACAGUAAAAUUACUAAAGAAGUUAAGCUGCAUCAGUGAAAGGAAUGAAGAUGGCAGUGGAUCAUUAAAUACUUUGGUUAUCUCUGCCAUCUACUUUUAUUCAAAAAGAGAAAUACACUAAGACUUUUGCAUGAUCAGUUCAGUAUUUUGAAAAAUAUAAGUAAUCCGAUGUUAAAGUAUGUGGAAACAGUAUUGAAAAUGUUUUGGACAAGUUGAGGAGGGUUUUGUUGUAUGACCGACUGAUAUCUUUUUGAGUAAGGAUUUCCGUUGAGAAUCUGUCGAUUGUGGUACCAAAUUCAAUGGAUUCUGCAGCUUUUGUAUCAGUGAGCCUUUUGCUGGCAGAAGUUUAGUUGUUAGUUUUCAUUGAUUCAGUAUCAGAUUAACAGGCAGUUUUCUCCACUUUAGGGCAAGGGCCAGGAAUCUUGUCCGUUGCACUAUUGAAUAUGGACUGCCCUGUGCUGUGACCUGGAGACUUGCUAUGACAUCUGAUUUGUGGGUUUGCCAAAAUGAUACUGUAGCAUGUGACCAAUGCAUUGUCUCACAGUCAUGUUGUCCUUGUGAGGAGUGAGUCCACAUUCAAGAACCUUUCAGAAAUUGAAACACAUGGAGAAUUCUUCCCCGUAAAUAAAACAAUGCAAGUUCAUCAGUGGACUAUAGAUGCUCUUCUACUUGUAACUUCACCUAGUCAUCUCAAAGGGCAAACUUUUUGAACAUUAAUGAGCUAUUUCAUAUCUGACCAGGCAGUAUUAUCCUCAGUCCACUUAUCUAUUGACUGCUUUUGCUGAAAAUGUAACACUGAUGCAGAACCCACCAGCAAACUGCCAGCAUGUCAAGUAGCAGCAAGGACAAACAACAACUAAAAAGGUCCCCACUUUAUUAUUUGUUUCUCCUCUUUUCUCUUUACUACAUAUAUGAUUUCCCGAUAGAUAGUUCAGGCAGUUCCCUCUCUCUGAGGAUACUGCUUUGUAACAAUUAUCAACAAGUGAGCAUUCUGGGUUAAUUUCUCCUCCCAUUUGUUUUCUGCCAUGGUGAAGUUGAUGCUCUCCUUUAAGUGUGUAUUCCUCAAUGCAAAUACUCCUUCUGAAAUAAUUAAAACUAUUGUAAGACCAGAGGUAGCUUACUCCAAUUUAAGUGCUGUCCUUGCAUAGUUGAUUGCUGUGUAAACCGGCCAACUUGCUGUCAACCUGGAUUUGCCAAUGAACUAUAAAGAGAGAGAGCAUGUGGGAGAAGCUAUGGUGUAGCAUUAACUUUAUAACAUCUAGCUAUGAACAUUUAUGAAUAAUAUUUUACGUAGAAAAGGAGCUUGCAUCCUGUUUGUUAAUUUUAGUGUCACAAUUCAGAGAUGAUGUCAUAAAUAUAUUAAGAUUUCAAAAUUAAUGCAUUUUUCUCUUUUUAUUCCAUAUUACCAUAUUAAGUUUGCUUUGUAUGCAAAUAUGAAGAAACUCUACUCAAUAUUUUACAACCUGUGGAGAAAUAUUCAAAUUUAUGUGUCUCGUUUUCUGUUCAGUAACUUGCAUUGUGUUACUGUAAAUCAGGUAUAUUAUACUGUGCUGAACACUGAGCCAGAUUGGUUUAAGAUUCUGGGAAACCACUGCUGCUCAUAAGUUUGACGAAUUGAACUGAGUACAUUUUUGCAAAAAGUAUUUUGCCACCAUGCAAUCGGACCAUCCUCAGUUCAUUAAUUCUGAUCCGUAUGUUUAUUGCCAAAUGGAAAUUCACAACAGAUAAAGGAAAUGGUUAGUAUAGUCAUUGCCAACGUAAACGUGCAUGCAUUUUCUUAAGGAAUUGACUACUUUGGGAUUCGCAUUUACUUAUCACUUUCAGGAAACCUAAUUGGUAUACACUGCUAAAUUUCAAAAAAACAGUGUAAAAUAUAAAGCAAAGCUGCUUCCAGCCCUCCCUAAUGUACAAUUUGUCAGUUGUACAGAAUUCUGUUAUGAGAUUUGGCCUGAUUGUAUUUAUUAUAAGGAACUAUUAGAUUGUAGAUGCCUUUGCAGAAAGUUAUGAGUGGUUUGGUUUUUGUUUUUAUCACUUGUUUUGAAAUGGGUUUGGAGAAAUAGAUUGAUAGAUGUACUUCCUCAGUUUUUUUAUGAUGGCUGUAAUCCCAAGAGUAAAUUGAAUCUAGCCAAAAGCCUGAUGUUAAGAAUCUGAAUCAAUAUGUGCUAAGAAUAUUGCUUCACAACCAUUGUAAUAGUUAUCUUGAUACUUGUAAUCCUCUAACUCCAAUCAGAAUGAAUGUACAGAUCAUUUCAGGUAUUGAAUAGUCAACCUGUAAAGACAAAAGGGUCACUCAAUACAGAUGUGAAGCACUUGAAUGAGUUGGGUGCAAUAAUUCUGAUCAGUUGUGAAUGAUCCAAAUUCAGUAAAAUAAUUAUUUUCUUAUUCACAGAAUAGUACUGAGAAUAUACAUUCUUCUUCAUGUGAGUUUUUGUUUUCCUUUCCAUUAUCAAGAUAAUAGGUGUUUUCCUGAUGUCUUUAUUCUGCUUUCCUGUCAGUAGAAACAUAUUACCAUCUGUCACAUUUUUAGUGAUGGAAACAGCUAAUGAGUGGUAACUUACCAGCAUAAAAAAUAUUCUUUGGCAUUGGGGCUACAUGUGAGUCCCAUGCCUGAAGUCCCAUAUAGUGUGUGUAGCUUAUCUAGGGAUUCUUAAACAACCAGG